UCUGGAAUUCCAAAACUGUAUUAUUUCAGCCCAUCAAUCAAGGUGACUGGUCCGCACUCACUCCGAUCACUUCAAAAUUCCACUCCCACAAUUCUUCUCUCUCCUCUUCUUCAGUCACUCAGAGAGAGAGAGAGAGAGAGAGAGAGGGCAUGGAGGUGGAGGAGCAGAGAAUUGAGCAAUUCAAAGGCCAAACCAGGCUACCGAAAUUCGCAGUCCCUAAACGCUACGACCUCGCUCUAAACCCAGACCUCUCGUCUUGUACCUUUUCCGGUACCGUACGAAUCGAACUCUCCAUCUUACAAUCCACCAAAUUCCUCGUCUUGAACGCAUUGGAACUCGUCGUCAACCAAGUCUCCUUCACCAACUCCCAUAACCAGAAAUUGGUUCCGUCGGAUGUGGUGUUGGAAGGCGAGGAUGAGAUGCUGAUAUUGGUUUUUGAUGAGGCUCUUAGGGUAGAGGAUGGAGUACUGUGGAUUAGCUUUUCCGGUGUCCUUAAUGAACACAUGAGGGGAUUCUACAAAGGUACUUACAUGGAUGGAGGAGUUAAGAAGAAUAUGGCGGUGACUCAGUUUGAAGCGGUGGAUGCACGACGAUGCUUUCCUUGCUGGGAUGAACCUGCCCUCAAGGCCACCUUCAAAAUAACAAUGGAAGUUCCAUCUGAGUUGACUGCAUUGUCUAAUAUGCCAGUUAUUCAUGAAGAGCUUAAUGGGCAGAUAAAAACAGUUUCUUUUGAAGAAUCACCCAUCAUGUCAACAUAUGUGGUGGCUGUUGUGAUUGGUUCAUUUGAUUACAUAGAAGACUCAACAGCUGAUGGAAUCAAGGUUCGUGCAUACUGUCCUGUUGGCGAGUCUGAUAAAGGAAGAUUUGCCUUAAAUGUUGCAGUCAAGUCACUUGAUCUAUUUAAGAAGUACUUUUCCAUGCCUUACACUCUUCCUAAGCUGGAUAUGGUUGCCGUCCCUGAUUUUUCUGGUGGGGCUAUGGAGAAUUAUGGUUUGAUCGUCUAUCGUGAAACAGAGAUGCUCCUCGAUGAUAUGCAUUCUGCGGCUGUCAACAAACAGAGGCUUGCAAUUGUUACCACCCAUGAAGUUGCACAUCAAUGGUUUGGCAACCUGGUAACAAUGGAAUGGUGGACUCAUUUAUGGCUUAAUGAGGGUUUUGCAACAUGGGUAAGUUAUUUAGCCACCGACAGCUUAUUUCCUGAGUGGGAAAUUUGGACUCAAUUUCUUGAUGUAACUGCUGGGGGGUUACAGAUGGAUGCAUUAGAAAGCUCUCACCCAAUUGAGGUGGAAAUACAUCAUGCCCGUUCCGUUCUUGAAGUGUUUGAUUCCAUAAGCUAUGAAAAGGGUUCUGCUGUUAUCCGAAUGCUAAUGGAUUAUCUUGGGUAUGAUGUAUUCCAGAAAUCUUUAAGUUCAUACAUGAAGAACUAUGCUUGGAAAAACACGAAGACAGAAGACCUGUGGAGUAUCCUUUCGGAAGAAUCUGGUGUCCAAGUGAACACACUGAUGGACACAUGGACAAAGAAGAAGGGCUACCCUGUUAUCUCUGUUAAAUACAAAGAUUGUAACUUGGAAUUCGAACAGUCACAAUUUGUGUAUUCUGAUAUUCACUCUGAUGAUUGCUGGAUUGUUCCUAUUACUAUGUCACUUGGUUCAUGCAACAAGAGGAAGAAUUUUCUUCUAGAGACAAAACAUGGCAAACUGGAUGUAUCUGGACUGUAUCAUUCUUGUGAUGGAAACUCAAGUUCAUUUGAGAAGAAUCAGGAGAAACUCAGUGAAAAGUUUUGGGUCAAAUUAAAUACUGGGCAGACCGGGUUUUAUAGGGUAAAGUAUGAUCACAACCUCACUACUCAACUGAGGAAAGCCAUAGAGGACAAUUGCUUCUCCUCAUCAGACAGAUUUGGCAUUUUGGAUGAUACGUAUGCUCUUUGCGAGGCUUGCCAAGUUUCACUGUCAUCUUUGCUUUCCUUGAUGAAUGUGUACAGAAAGGAGCUCGAUUAUACCGUGUUAUCAAGACUAAUAGAGAUAUGUUCUAGUGUUGAAAAGAUCUCAAGUGAUGCUCUACCAAGUUUAUCGAAUGAUAUGAAACAGUUUUUCAUCGGACUCCUCCUUUUCUCUGCUGAAAAGUUAGGUUGGGAACCCAUCCAGGGAGAGAACCAUAUGAGUGCAAUGAUGAGGGAAAGAGUUUUGAUGGCUUUAGUUAACCUGGGCCAUUCUAGAACUAUUGAUGAAGCAAUGAAGCGCUUUCAAGCAUACUUGGAUGAUCGAAACACUCCACUUCUUCCGGUUGACUGUAGAAGGGCUGCGUUCCGUGCUGUAAUGAGGAAUACCAAUACCAGCAAUAGGAAUGGGUUUGAAGCGUUACUAACCAUAUACAAGGAAGCUCAAGCAGUGCAAGAGAAGGCCCGGGUUCUGCGUUGUCUCGCAUCUUGUCCAGAACCCGAUAUAGUUUUGGAGGUUCUGAAUUUUAUGAUAUCUGACAAGGUCCGUUGUCAGGACACUAUGUAUGUGUUAUUAGGGAUAAGCUUGGAAGGGCGUGAGACAGCAUGGAGAUGGUUAAAGGAGAACUGGGAUCUAAUCCUUGCAAAAUGUGGUGCUGAUAUGACUCUUCACUAUUUCAUUAGAAAUAUUGUUACACCUUUCUCCAGCCAUGAGAUGGCAGAUGAAGUUGAGGCAUUUUUUGCUAGCCGCGAGACUGCUUCAUUUGCUAUGAACUUGAAGCAAAGCAUUGAGCAAGUCAGAAUUAAAGCGAGGUGGGUUGAAAGCAUAAAACAAGAAGAAUCUAUCAAGGAGCUGGUGAGGGGAUUAGCUUGCAUCGGUUGACCCGAUGAUAGCUUCAACGAUAAAUUAAGGCAAUCACAUUCACAUCUAGCACGUUAAUUAAGGGCUACCUGAGGGUUUUUGUCGUGAGACGAACUCUCCCGUAGCCACUAAUUAGCACUAAUUAGCACGUACUCUAUUGGCUUGUAUCAUAUUUUAUGUACUGCUGCUCUUGUAUCAUAUACGGAAGGUUAUGGAGUAGGCAAGAUGUGUCAAACAUAAUUCUAGGUCAUUGCAACUACUACUCCAGCUGAUCUAGUCCUCCAUUGCCAUUCUGUACUGUUUGUUGGAACCUUUUAUGAUUUGGAACAAAUCUUUUUCCCAAACUA